AUGGGCGGAGAGUGCUUAUGGUAUUCAUGGACUUGCAGACCCGUGUGGCCAGUCCUUAUUAUUCUGGCUACUGUACCGUGUAUUUUGAACUGCUCAGAGAGCCCUGCAGCAGUUGUUGGGAAAAUGUAUCCACGAGGCAAUCACUGGGCAGUAGGUCACUUGAUGGGAAAGAAGAGCAUAGAGGAGGAGCAGGAGGUAAACCCUGACAGGGACUACCUGACAGCCCUAAAACCAGCCCGGCUCACACAGCAUCUAAUGCAGGCUCUGAUGCAACCAGAGAAUCCAAAUCAGAUGAUGCCUCAAACUGCAGACAGGCUGCUUCAGCGCCAGUGGAGAGAAGAGGACAGAGAAAAUUAUCUGGCAGAGAUGUCAGACCUGCUUCUUCUGGCUUUGAAACUGCAAGACAGUGACUCCACCUGAAUGCAAGAUGAAUUUCUGUUUUUUAAAAACAAUCAUCAUUAUCAACUUAAAGUACUCUAUAAUCACAUGUCCACACUGUAUAUUUUAUUCUGCUGUAACAGAUUAUUUGUUUCAUCACUAAUUUUGGUUUCCUGUAUGCAUAUCAUGCAGCGUUUUGAUUGCUCAACGAUCUGACAAGGUUGUGUUACAUAAGCUGAGAAUCUGAAAUAAAAUGGGCAUU